GGCCCCGCCCCUGGCUCCCGCGGCCCCGCCCCUUGCCAGCCCCUCCCGGAAGCGCCGGCCGAGCGUGUGCAUGGCGCGCGAGUCCUGGGUCUCGGAGGCUGACUCCUCCACCGCCGCGCUCUUCGCCUGGGGUGCAAAUAGCUACGGGCAGCUUGGCCUUGGCCAUAAGGAAGAUGUGCUCCUGCCCCAGCAGCUGAGUGACUUCUGCGAGCCUAGGUGUAUCAAGAGCGUCACAGGAGGAGGGGGCCACUCUGCAGCUGUCACAGAUGGAGGAGGACUUUUUGUUUGUGGCCUGAAUAAAGAUGGGCAGUUGGGGCUUGGUCACACAGAGGAUGUUCUGUGUUUUACCGUUUGCAAGCCUCUCAUUAGUUGUCCAAUACGACAGGUGGCCUGUGGCUGGGAUUUUACCAUCAUGCUCACAGAAACAGGUCAAGUUCUGUCUUGUGGAUCUAAUGCCUUUGGCCAGUUAGGUGUGCCGCAUGGUCCUCGCCGAUGUGUGGUUCCCCAGGCCGUUGAGCUCCUGAGAGAGAAGGUUGUUUGUGUCGCUGCUGGACUGAGGCAUGCAUUAGCCACUACAGUGAACGGCAGUGUCUUCCAGUGGGGGACUGGCUUGGCAUCUUCGGGACGACGCUUGUGUCCUGGGAAGACUCUCCCAUUGUUUUUGACAGCGAAGGAACCGAGCAGAGUGACAGGCCUAGAGAAUUCUACAGCGGUAUGUGUUGUUGCAGGAUCUGACCACUCGGCCUCGUUAACAGAUACAGGAGAGCUGUAUGUCUGGGGCCGGAACAAACACGGGCAACUGGCCUCCCCGUCUGCGUUCCUCCUCCUGCCUCAGAGAAUAGAGGCACGCUGCUUUCAGGAUGAAAAGGUCUCUGCUGUCUGGAGUGGCUGGACACACCUGGUUGCUCAGACAGAAACUGGCAAGGUGUUUACCUGGGGCCGAGCAGACUAUGGCCAGCUAGGGAGGAGGUUGGAGUCUUCUGAAGAAGACCAGAAACCUGGCGAGCAAGACUCAUCAUUCACCUUCUGGAGGCCACAGAGCAGUGUGCCCUCACCUCUGCAUUGCCUGACAGGAGCAGCCAAGAUUUCUUGCGGCUCAGAACACAAUUUGGCAGUAAUUAGUGACAAGUGUUGCUCCUGGGGCUGGAAUGAGCAUGGCAUGUGUGGGGACGGCACUGAGGCCAACGUCUGGACUCCAGCUCCGGUGCAGGCCUUCCAGUCACCGGUGCGACUCCUCCUCGUGGGCUGUGGGGCUGGCCACUCCUUGGCCUUAUGUCAGCUGCCAGCACACCCUGGGCCACGCCAGGAUCUCAAGUUCACCUACCCACUCCAAGAUGCCACAGAGAACACUGAAUCUCAGGGUGCCAUGGACAGAGAGAGACUGGAAGGAGAGAUGAUCAGUAACUUCAGCCUGAACCACUUCUGACUGAAUGAGAAAUGAGGGACCAUGAGGAGCACCUUUAAUAAAGUGGCUUAUCCCAACGAAAGGUUCCCUGGAGAAUCUUUCUGUCAGAAAGGGCCUCAGUAAGCCCUGAUGGCUGGGCAGGACCACAGACCAGAACAAUGAGGAGCCUCUUGCCCACUGCUCAAAGAGGACUGAGCUAUGGAGAGGACAUCCUUUCUACUCAGCAGAUGCACAUGAGGGGAUCCUCACUAAAGGACAUGCAGAUUUAAAACAUCAGCAAGGAAGGCCCCAGCCCCUACAUGAUGGCAGCCCAGCUCCAUGGCUGUGUUCUGGUCCAGCUGCCUUAGGUCAGAAGACAGAGGGUUCUAGAAUAUGUCUGCAGUAUACAUUUCCCUUCUAACUUGGGGUUUAUUUUCUGUCCAGAGUCCAUUGCCUGUCUGAGGGUACCAAGGUACUCUUGCUGGAGACUCAGAAAGGAAGGCAUUCAUGUCUUCAUGACCAGGGCCCAAGCAAAGGCUUAGGGUCAGGUGGAGAGAAUGGAAUGAAAUGAAUAAGUAGAGAGAACACAAGGCUUCUGGGGAGACCCAGCAGAGGAAACCCCAAGAGCAGACAAGGGAGUCUGGAGCCAGGGAAACCCUCAGAAGAUAUUAGUCUUCCUCCAACCAGGCAGGAUUCUGGGGCUGCUGUAGCAGGCUAACUGUAUAGUCUCUGAGCUGGGAUGCCUGGGCUCCACUGGCUUCCAGAGGUUAUAGAAGCCUAGGACAUUAAAGUUGGGGGAUCUUCCAUCAACAUGCAGCUGGGAGGCCUUCCAACUACAUUCUUCAGAGUCUUGCGUGGUAGCACAUGCCUUCAGUACCAGCACUUGGAUGAAAGAGCUAGGUGGAUCUCUGUGAGUUUACAGCCAGCCUGAGCUACAUAGCAAGUUCCAGGCCAGCCAGGGCUUACAGAGUGAGACCCUAGCUCAAAAAAACAACAAUAAAAAACAAAAGCCAACACGGUACACUCUUCGGAGCCUUAGGCAUCUCCUUGCAGAUGGGAAGGGGGUCAGGUAGACAAAGAGUAGCUUGCCAACCCCCAGGUUCCUUUAGGCACUGUUGGUUUUGUCUUUAUGUAUUGUGAUCUGUAUAAGAUUAUAUUUGAUAAGUGGGUCCUUAAGAAAGUGUAGAAACUGCUGAUCUUACUCAUCCAUUCUUGUUGCUCAUUGGGAGAAAAUGGUGACUGAAAAUGGGGGAAGGAUCAUCUCAAGGUCACACACCUUGGGCCCUGAGCUAGACAAGGAUGGGAUGGGAAGUAGCCAAAUGACCAGAAGUGGGUUCUGCUCCAAAGAUGUGGACGAAGUCAGUUCCAAACUCCACAGGCCUGAGCCUAGAUACCACUUACAGCCACAGUCUGCUCUGCAACCCCAGUGCCUGAAGCCUUGCUCCUAACAUAGACCCAAGAACUCUACCCUGUUCCACACAACCCCACCUCCCAGGCCCAGAGACCAGUUGCAGCCUUUGGACUCCGAUGUGUCCUUGCUAGCAGGACCAAGUCCACGGAGAUGGAGCUGUCACCCAGGGGUAAGCCAUACCUGAGCAAGCUUAAGGUCACUGUCCUGUAGGCUGAAUAGUUGGCAAAAACCAGGCCAGAAAGCAUUCCCAUGUGACCCAUACAGUCUCAAGAAGCCAACACCAUCUUGCCCAGAAGGCCACAGGGCAGACCUCCCUCCUAUCUCCUUCAGCACGUACUAGAAAAAACUCAACACCCUGUACUUCUGUUGCUGGAGCCCAGGGCCUCGUUUGCAUGAGGUAGACACACCUUUGCAUCCUGAAUAGGAUCAGCGCAGCAGCUGUAACUAAGUCCUUUGAUCUAGAACCUCAGAUGCUGCUUACAAGUGGGCCAGAUCCUUCUGGAAGCAGGCACAUGCAGGAAGGCAUGGCUUCAUCGCCCACCACCUCACCUCAGCCACUCCCGUUCCGCCACUCCUGAUGGCGGUGUGGACAGGAGUCCCUUCGCCUGGCUUCAUUGCCUGUCUCCAAUGAGGGAAAGCACUUUUCAGAGAUGAGGAAGGACCUGUUGAUACAUCUAGAUUUUUGAGCCCUGCAACCUUUGAUGACUGUUUGUCUUUCUAAGACUUUGACCAAGUUCCCUUUUCUAACAGCCCAUGAGGGAGCCAGCUCUUAGUCAAUUCUAGAACUCAGCAAAAUGUAAAUGAAGGAUCUUCUCAGUGUCCCCAUGGGUCACCAUGGAGUUGGGAGGUUAACUGAGCAAGCUCUGAGAUCCCGUUCUUAUCCGCUCUCCACUUUAUUCUGUUUACAGUUUUUUGAGAACCAGUCUCCAGGUCUCAUGGCCAGUAGAUAGUUUCACUUCACCUGCCUUGUUAGGCUCAUUAGGGUCACAGGAAGGAGAAGGAAGAAUGACCCCAUUGUGUGCUUACAGGUCUCUGGCCAGGCCCUGGAGUAAGUGUUGAGGACCCAGCAUGCAGCAGCUGCUGCCAUCCAUGUCCCCACACCCACUCUUCCCUCUGGUCACAGACACCCAUCUUCCCGUGACACAUCCACCACCCUGGCCAUGCUGGGUCCUCACAUGCCUGUGAGGUCCACUGUAAUAACUUUGGAUGGUGCGCUGGCUAGUCUUAUGUCAACUUGACACAGGCUAGAAUCACCUGAGAGGAGGGAACCGCAACUGAAAGAAAAAAAAAGCCCUCACAAUGUCGGGCUGUAGGCAAGACUUAAAUUAAGGGCAUUUUCUUAAUUACUGAUUGAUGGGGGGAGGCUCAGCCCAUUGUGGGUGGUAUCAUCUCUGGGCUGGUGGUCCUGGGUUCUAUAAGAAAGCAGGUCGGGGCUGGAGAGAUGGCUCAGGGGUUAAGAGCACUGCCUCUCUUCCAGAGACCCUGAGUUCAAUUUCCCAGCAACCAUAUGGUGGUUCACAACCAUCUAUAAUGAGAUCUGAUGCCUUCUUCUGGCAUGCAGGCAUGCAUGCAGAUAGAACACUGUAUACAUAAUAAAUAAAUCUUUUUAAAAAGGCAGAUUGAGCAAGCCAUGUGGAGCAAGCCAGUAAACAGCACCCGUCUGUGGCCUCUGCAUCAGCUCCUGCCUCCAGGUUCCUGCCUUGCUUGAGUUCCUGUCCUGACUUCCUCCAGUGAUGGACUAUGAUGUGGAAAUGUAAGCUGAAUUAAACUCUUUCCUCCUCAA